CCCGCUGGUGAAGGAAGAUGGCGGUGUAUGAACAGCUGCAUGUCCGCUACAAAUUCUUAAACAUGACACUGAGAUUGAUUUCUCUGUAGUGCAGGGUAAUGGACAAGGAUAGAUUCGCUGCUGCCCCCAGCUCUUGGCUGGAGAUGAAUAACUUCAUUGGUGACCUUAUGGCUUUUAGCGCGUCUGGUUCUAGUCAGUUACUGAAAUGUCCGAACAAUCAGUCGCUCCGUGCUGCCUGGGAAAGCGUGGGACCUGAGACACCAGCAUCCAAAUCCUGUUAUCCCACUCAGAGCGACGCACCCAGCCAGAGCCAACGGAAAAACAUGGCAGGAAUCAGUUCGCAGUCUGGACAGAGGAUCGAGGGCUGUAAUGAGCAACAGUUACGACCAUAUGCUUGCAGAUGCCCAGGCUGUCCUCUGUCCUCGGCGUCCACCUCUGCAUCUACUAUGCAUGCACUUUGCCUGAAACCCAGAGACAGUUCUUCCUCUCAGGCUGAAACGUCGAAAGUGUCCAUAUCGCAGUCCAAAGAGCUGAGUACAGUCGCACUCGGCCUGGGCUCCUGUCUUAGCCUGGCUCUUUCUCUGGAAGAAAGAAACGGUGAGCCGACCAGCUUGUCCAACCCUGAACACCAGGAGAAAGGCACAAACACUCACAGUCCGACACCUGCUUCAAGCUCCAACCCCCAGAUCUGCGCCGCGCCUCUGCAGGCCUUCCCCUGCUUCUGCUGCCAUCCGUGCCCUCAUCUCCUGCAUCCCGCCCAGCAGGCAUCCGAGACCCACUUUGCCCACACGCACUCUCACCACCACUACCACCACCACCAUCACCACUGCCCGCUCACCGCCUGCCUGUUGUGCCAGCGUUCCUUAAACUGUGCCCAGCAGGAGGGCCACGCCCAGCGCCAGCACCCGUGCAUGCACUGCUCUGCGUUGUUCAUGCGGCCCUCGCAGCUGCUCCAGCACCAGCGCACCCAGCACUCGUCCAAAGCCGGUGGCUUCCUGUGCCCAGAGUGCGGCCGCGUCUUCAACUCGCACAGUAACCUCCGCGUACACCUUAACGUUCACACAGGAGCACGGCCUUAUACGUGCGCUGACUGCGGCAAGAGCUUCAGCCAGUCAGGAGCACUCAAGAUCCAUCGGCGCGUCCAUACGGGCGAGCGGCCGUACACGUGCACCUACUGUGGCCGAGGCUUCCCCCAUCUGGCUGGUGUCAGGGCACACCAGCGCAUACACACCGGUGAGAAGCCGUACCAGUGCAUGCAGUGCGGCAAGGGCUUUACGCAGUCAGGCGCCCUCAAAGUCCACAUGCGUGUCCACACAGGCGAAAGGCCAUUUAUUUGUAGCCUGUGCGGCAAGGGCUUCUCAAACCGCUCCGGUGUCCGCUUUCAUCAACGUACCGCGCAUGGCAUCAUCACCGAACCCAAUUCUGUAGGACGGCCAAGCCUGGCCAACUCAGACGUCCAGCAGAAGCAGGCUGAUCAGCCCAUGGAGCACAGGCCUCUUCCAAGCAGAAAAAUCUCAGAGGGAGAGGAAGUCCGAAGAUCCCUUCCUUACAGCUGCGAAGACUGUGGGAUGCGCUUUCAGGACGCUCUGUCCAGAAACAAGCAUCAGGCACUAGAGCAUUACCCCGCUGAGGAGGACGAGCAGAGUGAGACACACAGAACGGCACAAGGAGACCUGGGAGCAAAAAAGACGUUGGGUUAAUAACGUACAGUAUGUGAAUACCAUACUGUAACAGAUGUUGGAAAAAGUGUCUCAUGACGGAAUGACCAGAGUAGGCCAGUGCUAAAACCCUUUGUUUAAUCAUUGAAAAAAAAAAACUUUGUGUGCUUCUGUAUGUGGCCUUAAAUUUAUAAAAACUAGUUUUAGCACUUUCAACGGAAAAUUAAUGAAACGAAGGAAAGUGUGACAUUACGGGUACUGUGUGUGAGGAGUUUAAUAUGUUCUCCUAUGCGUCCAUGUUUCCGUUCUUUAAAACUAAUCAGUGUUCAUAGGUUCUGUGCAGAAUGGCUUUUUAUUAUUAUUAUUAUUGUUAUUAUUAUUAUUAGGUAUAGUGCUCGAAUACUGGACCAGAAGGAAAAGGAAGCGCAGCGGGGACAUCGAGAAUAAGAGCGAGUAAUCUUCAUUGGCCCGAGUCUGCUAUGAUUGGGACAGUUUGAGCGUGAACUGAAGCCACGGCUGGAUCUGGAACAGAGUGGAGGAGAUGGAUCAGAAAAAAGCCAGCGAUAGUGCCAGAUCCUCCUUCUGUCACUCUGGAUGCAUUCAGGACUCGGGUGAUGUUUGAAACAGGGAUGUCCUAACCCAGCGAGGUAGAGGAGGUUAAACAAGGCUGAUGGGAAAUGUGGCUGGAUUUGGUGAUGAAUACAAACCAGUAACUAAAACCAAAUCAGCUGGUAAUGAGUUAAUGACCAGCCAUAUUGUUGAAAACAGUGAGGACGUGGAGUUUAAAGCAUCCAAGUCUAAAGGUUUUUACAGAUACGCAAUGCUUUGUCAUGACAAUUUUUUCAUCUGAAGAUAUCUUUUCUUUUUUUUUAAUGAGUAUUCAGUAAACAAACACCUUUUCCAUCAAAGGCAACUGUUCAUGUGCGAAAAAGCGUCAAUUAGCGAACGCAUUUAACAAUCGGGGAGCUGGUUGUGGAAACGUCAUCACACUGCUGCAGGCUUGGCGGAGUCUCUCAUUCAGUUUGGCUGCAUCGAAUACGCAUGCUUCCAUACUAUUAGUAUGCAAAAAACAGUACGUAGGCUGUCUGAGUACUCAGUAGGCGUUUAAUAGUAGUCGAACGAUGCCUGUGUGUCUCAAAACCCUGUUUGGCAAGGUAAACAAAAAUUAUAAAGACUUUAAAGUGUAUGUAAUACCUUAUUGUAAUGCUUUAAAAUGAAUAUAUAUCAUGAGUAAUGACCAAAAUUAAUUAAUAAAGCGGGGGGGGAUAAGUAUUUAUUUUAUUAUCAAGCACAAAACUAUUGAUAAAUCGCGGCUUGUGGAUCCUGGAAAAAGGCAGCCUUGCCCCAGGGCUAAUCUCGCAUGAUGUCUCACGUGGAACCCCGGUUAUCUGGGUCAUUUCCGUUCAUCUGACUCCAUGCUUGUUUACUCGCCGAAAUUGGAUAUUGUUGUUGGAAUCUUACAAAAAUAACGAUGGGAAAGUGCAGAGUUGUUUGGAUGUUCAAAUUCAUAUACAGCAGGACAUUCAGUUCAUGAAUUUCCGAGAAAUGGCACCAAAGUGACAGUGGGUGAGGUUUGUGCAAACACAGCGGGCAGAUUUUGUCGCCUACUAAUAAUAAAUCUGAUUCAUCAAGUGUUCAUCACCACCAGAAUGACCACAUGGGAAUUAUUGGAGCAAAAAAGAAACCCGUUUAUUUCAUCAAUGACAUUUGAUCAGUUCGUUGAUUCCCCUAUUAUCGCCCACUUCAUAUUUUCUUUCAAUAAUUACACUGAAGAAGUGUACGUUUUAAGGAUUACAUUUCUGCAUUUUUUGAGAUACAUGUCAAUGUUUUCCGGCUAUUUUGCAGCGGCCAGCUUAGAAUAAAAAUCCACAAACCAAUCUGUGUUUCCAAUUUUCUCUGGCUGGUGGUGCGCUAUCAGCAGUGAGCGGGACUGUCGUGAACUGGCAGUUUCUCGUCUUGGGGGAUCGAAAAGAUAACCAUUUACUCCGGAAUAUCCAUGAUAGUUUUCUGCCCCUUCAUCCGAUAUAUGAGAAUCCCAAUCACUAUCAGAAUUCUCUCCAAAACGUGAUUCCAUAUCUUGACUGGUCGAACCACUGCUGUGCACAUGAACGAAAUUGAUACCUGGAUUGUUACACGUGUGACGUCAUGCACCCCUUCAGGAUCUUCCGGUUCAGUCUCUGCAGAUUCUGUGAAAAUUGGCUGAUCUUAUUGAUUUUCCAUUAAUUUAUGGCCUUUUGGAUCAGCUAUGGUUCGAAAACACAUGGUCAAUCAACAUAAUGAUUGUUGCUUUGUACAAGGAAAAAAAUUGGGUUUAGGAACAUUAAAUUCACUUUAAAGGGGGAAAAAAAACGAGACAUGAGCUUGGCAGUGAAAACGGUGGUUGUACAAUCCAUAGACGUAGCCUACUUUUGUGAUGUGGUGAAGUUUACUAUUAUCUCCCACCACUUUUUUUUUUUUUUGGAAAAGAAUAAACAGCAGCUCUUCAUCACUUGUUGACUCCAUCGUCACACAAUUGUUUUUGUUGAAUGCUCAUAUAAUCGCGUCAUGUUUAACGUGAAUAUUAAAGUUGUGAUAAAUUCGUCAAGUUUUUUCGCAUCACGUCAUGCCGUAUGUGUAAAGACCUUAAGGCUGCAUUUGAGGCUGGACAGGCAGAGGAAUACAUCAGGAAUGCAGACUAUAGUAGAAACACAGCAAGUUUGAACUAUAUUGUAUUAAAGUAUACAUUUUAAGGAAAUUUUUAAAAUGUUAACUAUUUUGUAUAGUUUACCGCUUUAACGUGGAGCACUUAAGAUAUGAAGACUUAACAUGUGACUAUGCAUGUGCGUACCUUUCGUACAUUAAAACGACACACUGAACGGCACGACAGCAAUUUCCUACUAUUAUGAGAUGUAUUCGUCUCUGUGGAGCAGUAUGGAACACGCGGACAAGCUCGCCAUCAUUGUGAUUGAUGUCAUGAGCUGCCUUGAAUUGAAAACCAUGACUAUAUAUAAAAUGUGUUGAAAAGUUUUUACUAAGUUUUGAAAAGAUUGGUAUGCAAAACAGGCUUUUCAGUAGGUUUGUAGGCUUCAUGAGAGUAUUUUUUUAUUCAGACUAAUUGUAAUAAAAAAAAUGGUUAGUGUUCAUACUAAAAAACAUACUUUCUAGAGUAGUACAUAAUUAUGUGGUUUGAGACACAGAUCUGGUCUGUUCAGUCCAUUGCAAAUAUCACAUAACUUCACACAAUACUGCCUAUACUGUUGGUAUGCGUUAUUUUGGUUGUGUACAAUUAAAGCACCAAAUGAAUUCAA